AUGGAGCAAACCACCGUCGCUGCUAAGUACGCCGAGAGAGGAGUCCUCACCGGACACAACGGUCCAGUCACCGCCAUCGCCUUGUCUGCUGACAACCCCGACAUUAUCUUGUCUGCCUCCCGUGACAAGACCGUCAUGGUCUGGAAGCUCACCCGCGAGCAGGACACCUACGGAGUGCCAUUGAGAUCGCUCACUGGUCACAGCCACUACGUCCAGGAUGUCGUCAUCUCCCACGACGGUCAGUUCGCUCUGUCCGGUUCAUGGGACGGAACUCUCCGUCUCUGGGACAUCAACUCUGGUGCCACCACCCGUCGUUUCCAGGGUCACGAGAAGGACGUCAUGUCAGUUGCCUUCUCCUUCGACCACCGUCAAAUUAUCUCUGGCUCCCGUGACAAGACCAUCCGUGUCUGGAACACCAUUGGUGAGUGCAAGUACGUCCUUUCUGAGGACGGCCACACCGAGUGGGUCAGCUGCGUCCGUUUCUCGCCAAACUCCCCAACCAUCGUGUCUGGAGGCUGGGACAACAAGGUCAAGGUCUGGGACAUCAAGUCCUACAAGGUCUCCCGUACCCUCGAGGGCCACACCGGCUACAUCAACACCGUCACCAUCUCCCCAGACGGAUCGCUCUGUGCCUCUGGUGGCAAGGACCAGUUUGCCUGCCUCUGGGAGCUCCAGACCGGCAAGGACUUGUACAAGUUGGAUGCCCGCAACACCAUCAACGCUUUGGCCUUCUCGCCAAACAAGUACUGGUUGUGCGCUGCCACCGACGACAAGAUCAUCAUCUGGGACCUCUUGACCAAGUCCGUCCUCAUUGAGAUCGUCCUCCCCAAGCCAGCCAUCGCUGCCGACUCCAAGAGACGUCGUGAUACCAAGGCCCCAGCCUGUAUCUCCCUCGCCUGGUCCCCAGAUGGAACCACCCUCUACGCCGGAUACUCUGACCAUUUGAUCCGUGUCUACCACAUCUCCUCUUAA